AGGCGUGGUCCCCGGCCUACGGCUGCCGCGAUGGCCAUCUUCAGCGUCUUCAUUGUGAACAAGGCCGGCGGUCUCAUCUACCAGUUGGAUCACUACGCGCCGCGGGCCGAGGCCGAGAAGACCUUCAGCUUCCCGCUGGACCUGGUGCUGCGCGCGCACGACGAGCGCGUCCUCGUGGCCUUCGGGCAGCGCGACGGCAUCCGCGUGGGCCACGCCGUGCUGGCCAUCAACGGCGCCGACGUCAACGGGCGCCUGACCGCCGACGGGAGGGACGUGCAGGAGUUCCUGGGCAACCCGGCCAACUACCCGGUGGCGAUCCGCUUCGGCCGCCCGCGGCUCUCCUCCAACGAGAAGCUCAUGCUGGCCUCCAUGUUCCACUCGCUGUUCGCGAUCGGCUCGCAGCUCUCCCCCGAGCAGGGCAGCUCCGGCAUCGAGGUGCUGGAGACGGACACCUUCAAGCUGCACUGCUUCCAGACCUUGACAGGGAUUAAGUUCGUGGUGCUCGCUGACCCCCGGCAGUCCGGAAUCGAUUCCCUUCUGCGCAAGAUUUACGAGAUAUAUUCGGACUUUGCCCUGAAAAAUCCCUUCUAUUCUCUGGAGAUGCCAAUCAGAUGUGAGCUCUUUGAUCAAAACUUGAAGCUUGCUCUGGAGGUAGCAGAGAAAGCAGGCCCCUUUGUCCCAGGAUUAUAGGGUGAAGUUCUUCCACUUCAGUUGCCUCAUGGACUAUUUGGAACUUGGGACCAGAGAGGCUUCCCAGCGGUUCCAGAGUCUCUCCCCUUGCCCACCCCCUGCUGCUGUGGGAGCUUGUUUGGGCGUCCUCUGCUGCUGGAGGUUAGGAGGAGAUCUUGUUGGCUGCAUGUACACGUUUAAUAUAUGUUUGGCACUUUAUUACAUGUGGAAAUAAAAUAUUCUUUAAAGGAAGAAGACAGACUUUAA